CAAUGGAUAAUGCAAGAUCCAUCGAAGGAUACCACAACCUACCAGACGAAGAGGACAUAGAAGAGUCAAAAGUACCUCCCUACGGUCGAGUCAACCUAACCAGAAGCAGUUUAGUUCCAGAUCAAAAUGCAUCGAAUUCAGGAUUUGAACAGCCUCAGCCAGGAAUGGGGUCAUCAGUAGACAGCUCAGACUCUUAUCAGGAUUCUUUAGGAACAAAUCAUGAUGACAACAAUAGGGCUGACAAUGAAGUUUUAGACGGAAGCGAUUCUCAGCAUCAAGAGAGUAAGGAAUGGGACCAGCCUGCUGAAAACAAAAUGUCUGAAGCUUCAAACCCAUUUCCUGAUUCAGAAGAAGAGGCCAAGAUUAAGAAGCGCAGAAAAUGCAACCGUAUUCUCAGAGUGGUUUACUUAAUUUCGAGCUUGCUGAUGUUGGUCUUCCAGGUAGUGCUUGUUAUUAAUUAUGAUCAAAACAACAGAGAUGCUUCAUAAUUUUAUAUUCUCAAUUGCUCACUAAGGA